AUGGGAAAAACGCAAAUAUGGGAAAAACGCAAAUAUGGGAAGAACGCAAAUAUGGGAAAAACGCAAAUAUGGGGAAAACGCAAAUAUGAGAAAACGCAAAUAUGGGGAAAACGCAAAUAUGGGGAAAACACUAUUAUAGGGAAAAUGCAAAUAUGGGGAAAACGCAAAUAUGGGGAAAACGCAAAUAUGGGGAAAACGCAAAUAUGGGGAAAACGCAAAUAUGGGGAAAACGCAAAUAUGGCAAAAACGCAAAUAUGGGAAAAACGCAAAUAUGGGAAAAAACGCAAAUAUGGGAAGAACGCAAAUAUGGGAAAAACGAAAAUAUGA